GCUGUAAAGCGCUGAGUUCAUAUGCACAUGGCUGUACAAUUAAAGUCCAAUACUGAGAGUCUUCGAUCAGUUUUCAACAAGUAUGCCAGUGUUAACACUAAUGGACAAUUGUAUAUGACACCGAAAGAUUUUGUUGUCAGAUAUUUACAUUUAUUCGAUGAAGAGAAUUAUAACGACUCAUCAGUGGCUUGUAUUGCCAGUGCUGCGGAUACUACGAAAGAUGGACUGAUUUCAUUUGAAGAAUUUCUUGCCUUUGAAGCGCUUCUAUGCACUUGUGAUUCUUUGUAUACAUGGGCUUUUAAAUUAUUCAAUCGAGAUGGUCAUGGAAGUAUAUCAUUCGAAGAUUUCAAAAAUACACUUAAUCUGACAACAGUGAAUAAAAAUUUCGCCUUCAAUUUCAAUUGUGAUUUUAUCAAUUUGCAUUUUGCUCAAGAUAGAUCACGUAAAAUUAACUACGAUGAAUUUACACAAAUAAUUCAUGAUUUCAAUGAUGAACAUGCUAUACAAGCAUUUCAACAAUUAGAUGAAGAUAAGACAGGAACAAUUACAGUGAAUCAAUUUGUAGAUGUUAUAAUACAAUUAAAAAGUCAUUUAUUAACUGAUUUUAUUAAAGAAAAUCUACUCACAGUAGCUUUACACGGGGAAACAGAUGGUCGAAUUACGUUUGCCUAUUAUAUGGCUUUUAUCACAUUAUUAUCGAAUAUGGAAUUGGUUAAAAAAGUGUAUUUAAGUCGAACACAUGGAAAUGCUAAAACAGAAUUAACAAAAGAGGAAAUGCUGAAUGAAGCUCAACAUUUUUCACAAAUUACCCCUAUGGAGUUAAGCAUUUUAUUUCAACUGUCAUCCCUUCUUCGACAAGAUGGACGCAUUAAUUAUCAUGAUUUAUGUACGCUAACGCCUAUCGAGGAUAAUUCCACUUUACAUUAUAUGAAGUCAAGACUUCAGGAUGUACAUAUAAGUACAACAAAUACUGUGCAUGAAAGAAGUGCAUUACUGUCUGUCCUUGAACAAUGCUAUCGAUUUACUCUAGGAUCUAUUGCUGGAGCAUUUGGAGCUACUGCUGUUUAUCCUAUUGAUUUAGUGAAAACAAGAAUGCAAAAUCAACGUACUGCAUCAACAAUCGGUGAACUUAUGUAUAAAAAUAGUUGGGAUUGUUUUCGAAAAGUUAUACGAUACGAAGGUUUCAUUGGUCUGUAUCGAGGUCUAGGACCACAACUACUAGGUGUUGCUCCUGAAAAAGCCAUCAAACUAACUGUCAACGAUAUAGUUCGUGAUCAAUUCACUAAACCGAAUGGUGAUAUUUCAAUAUAUGCAGAAAUUCUAGCUGGAGGUUGUGCUGGCGGCAGUCAAGUGAUAUUUACCAACCCGUUGGAAAUUGUUAAGAUAAGACUUCAAGUUGCUGGAGAAAUUGCUAGUACAAAGCGUAUAUCAGCUUUUUCAGUUAUUAAAGAAUUAGGCUUUUUUGGACUUUACAAGGGAUCACGUGCCUGCUUUCUUCGUGAUAUUCCAUUUUCAGGCAUCUAUUUCACCGCGUAUAAUAAUUUAAAAAAGUAUUUUUCUGAUGAAGACGGAUGUAAUUCACCAGCUUCCCUGUUAUUAGCUGCAACUAUGUCUGGUGCACCAGCUGCAUUUUUCACUACUCCAGCGGAUGUCAUAAAAACAAGAUUACAGGUUGUUGCACGUACAGGACAAACAACUUAUACCGGGGUGAUUGAUGCAGCUCGUAAAAUUUGGCGUGAAGAAGGCGGUCGUGCAUUCUGGAAAGGAUCACUAGCUCGCGUUUUUCGAUCUAGCCCACAAUUCGGUGUUACACUUUUAUCCUAUGAAAUGUUACAACGAUAUCUUUCGAUGGAUUUCGGUGGAAGACAACUUUCUGGUAAACCAUUGGAUCGUCCUGUACAACCGGUAUCAACUAAUCCAGAUCAUAUUGGUGGUUAUCGAUUUGCAACAACAACAUUCUGUGGUAUUGAAUCACGAUUAGGUUUAUCAUUUCCAAAGUAUAAAUUAAAUUGAGUAACACUCAUUAUAUUACAGUCUUUUGUUACUAUUACUAUUAUUCUAUUAUUUUAAUAACCUUCUUAUGCAGCGGCGCCUCCCCCUUCUCCUUCCACCGUCGUCGUCUCGUCGCCUACCUCCUCUUAACUUGAACAAUCUAAUUUGAUUUGAGUAUGUGUACGGAUUUCGACUGCUCCUCUUGACUUUUCGCUGUUGACAAUAUUUUGUAGUGUAAUGUUUUCUUUUUCGCUGUAAAACUUUUUCUGUUCUCACUAGAAAUAAAACCUUCAGGUGCUGCUUCAGGGUAGGGGAUUGGGUAGGACAAUAAAUAUACAACAAACAAAAUAGGUAGGCAUUUUUAUAGGUCUUAUUACGUAAACUUAUUAUUAUUAUCAUUAUUAUUAU